AUGGCAGCUGCCGGCAUCGUCGCUGGCUCGCCUUUGGAUUUUCAAGAGCGUGCCGCCAAUACAUGCACGAUCAAGAGCAUUCAGUCUGUGGUCACUAAGCUGAACCCUUCUGUUGCUACGCCUUACUGCCAGUCUCUUCUCAAAAUUUCCACCAAGACCGUGAACAAGACAGUCACGCCUUCAGUACCUUCAAAAGUCGUCAAAACAGCGACUGUGUCCAAGACGGUCACUUCGAUCAAGAGAGUCACCAAGAAUGUUACAGCUACAACCUCCAGCUCGUUUGAUUUGACAGACACCAGGACUACCAGCAAGAAAUCUUCAACCACGAGCAGCAAAAAGAGCAGCACGUCUACCAAGAGCAGUAGCAGGAGCAGUAGCAGGAGCAGCAGCAGUAGCAGCAGCAGCAGCAGCAGCAGCAGCAGCAGCAGCAGCAGCAGCAGCAGCAGUAGCAGUAAAGUUCUUAGCAGCAGCAGCACAAGCAGCCGUGUGUCCAGCAGUAGUCUCCCCGCGAGCACUAGCGCCUCGUCCCGCAGCCAGAUCUCAAGCAGCAGCAAGGCAUCUUCCAGCGCCAGCAUCACCAACGAUAAGUCUUCUUUGAGCAGUAGCUCAAGCAAGAUGACAUCUAUCAGCAGUAGUAGCAGCAGCAGCAACAAGCCUACUUCAAGCAUUAGCGGCAGUGCAAGUGGCAGCAGCAGCUUUGUGUCCAGUAGCAGCUACACAUCGAGUAGCUCACGACCCUCCAGCAGCUUCAGCUCAUCGAGCUCAAUGAGCUCGAGUACUUCGCCAGAAGAAAGCCUGCGUGCAAACGCCAUUAUGGCUACAGGUUCAGGAUCUUCAUCGGUGUCUAAGAGCGCUUCAGUCUCUCCAUCUGGAUCGCCCUCGUCAUCGGCACUGGUAUCAAGUUCCGCAUCAGCUUCUAUCCCAGGAAUGAUCUCAAGCUCGGCAUCGGUCAGCAGCAGUGCGUAUCCUUCGUACUACCCGACUUGGGAUCCCUCUGCCAAUGCUACGAUGUCGACGAACGGAACCUUCUUCUCCAACAAAACUUCGACGAGCACCCGAAGCACUGCGUCAUCUACAGGAUUUGCUGAGCUCUCCACCACUUCAUCGAGCCAAUCUACCGAUUCGUCAUCUCUCACAGUGUCGUCUUCGGAUGCGCCGGUAGCUACUUCCACAUCUUCCAACGAGUCAUCGUCAACCGGAUCCUCCUCGGCUACUGAGGUUACCGAGGCUCCUUCGUCCUCUUCAAGCUCUCUCUCGAUGUCCUCUACAGAAUCUUCUUCGUCCAGCGAGUCAUCUUCUGCCUUUUCCUCCUCCAGCGAAGCUUCCUCGAUGAGCGCAUCAUCUUCCAGCGAGUCUUCGUCUGCUACCGAAUCAUCAUCGUCGACCUCGGCAUCGGCGAGUGCAGGGAUGAGAAAGCGUGGUCUGGAGGAGCGUAGCUCAGAGGAUUGUGAUCUGGAAGAACGUGGAGCUGUGACAGUCACAGUUAAGAAGUCAACAAGUGCAAAAAAGACCACGUUGAAGAAGACAACAAGCGUCAAGAAAACGACAUCGACAAAGAAGCCCACUACGACCAAGAAGGUCCAAGUCGUCAAGAAGGCUACGAGCAGCCAGAAGCCAUCGAGCACAAAAAAGGUCACUACAUCAAGCAAAAAGCCAACAAGUACUUCAAAGGCGACGAGCACCAAGAAGCCAAGCUCAACCAGCUCGAAGAAGGCCACGACUAGUAGCAAAAAGAUCAGCACAACAUCAAAGACCAGCAGCAGCUCAAAGAAGCCGGUCAUGACAUCCAAGAAGAUUAGCAGCACAACAUCGAAGAAGAUUACUUCUAGCACAAGCUCCGCCAAGACGUCGAGCGUUCCGAUCAACAAGGGUCAGCCUGCUCUGUUCAACGGGUUGAAUAACGCGCAGCAGUCGAGCAUUUGUAGCUGCUUGCACGUGCCUACUCCUACUUUCACAAGAACUAUCCACAUGGAUACAUUCACUACUGUCACAUCUACUGUCACAGCGACGCAAACUCUUGUGCAGUCAACCACAACCACAGCCCACCACACUGCCACCGCAACACCCGAUCUCUUCUACAUGCAAGUGUCAAACAACAGCAAUGCAGCAAUUGCUGGACAGUGGGCAUACCUGCCAGGAGGCAAUGAACUCAUUGCAUUCACAGCAGGAAAGCCCGGAGCCAGUUCGUUCUUCUUUGACGAGCCCAACUUACUUGUGGAAUACUCGAGCAACUACGUAGCCAACAUCGAGGAAGGACACUGGGUGUCGUCGCUCUGGAUGAAUCCGGUUGGUCGCAUGUACGAGGUUAAUGCGGUACCAUUGGACUGUCAAAACAAGAGCGGAGAGCUUUACUGUAAGAUGAAUGACCUCGACCAACUCUACUGGUGCGAUGUUUGGGGGACGACUUCAAUGGUCCUUGGACCUUCGGAGUAUGACAACGGAUCGUGCAGGAAGGUGUCGCUCGAAAUCGUUCCAGUAUAA